CUUAGAGGGGUACGUAUAUUUGCUCUGCAUCACGCACUGACUGCAGGCAUGGAAAAAGGAGUCAGUGUGUGUGUGUAAAAAAACGUCGAACAAGUUCCUUGUGGAGCGCCGAGGAGCCGCGAACACAGCACCGACAUCCGUAGUUCGAGCGACUUUUCUCGUCGUGCGCACCGGGACAGGACGCAGCAGGCUCGGGUGUUAUCAGAAGAGAUGCGGAAGACGUGAUUGGAGGACUGGCUGUUUUGAUGAGGAGUGUUUUGGAGUUGUCAUUGAGUGUCCUUUGAUGAUGAUGAUGAUGAUGAUGAUGGAGGAAGAAAAUGAACAUCAGUUGUACCUUAUAGUGUAAUGCAUUCAGGGAAUCUUCUCACACCAAAUAUUUGAGUUGAGCUUAUAUACCUGCAUAUAUUACACACACACACACACACACACACCUCUGUCUAUAUUUCCUGGUUUGCUGUCUUCACCUGGAGAGGGUGCGCUGCUCGGUUUAUGUGCUUCACUCAAGCCAGGAAGUAGGAAACCCAAGAUGCUUUUAGAUUCAAGUCAGUCCGAAGUCAGAAAAUGAUCCAGGCAUUAACUAGUAGAUUAAAACGAAACAUCCCUGCUCAGAUAAUACCGUGUCACUCGUGUAUCCGGAGAGGCUCGAGUCCUCUCAUCUUCUGAAACAUGGAGCUCAAGAUGUUCAUCCUCGUCUUGGGGCUCCUGGUGGGCAGUUUGAUGCCCCUCGGAGGGGCCGCCAGCUCUCCAGACACGGGCACCGGUCACGGCGGAUCCCACGGCAACAAGAAUCCCGGGAACGGAACAACUUACUCCAAGAAGCCCUUCCCGGUUCUGUCUUUCGAUUAUGAACACGUCCGGCUCCCCUUCGAGAUCUCAUUAUGGGUUCUGCUGGCUUCACUGAUGAAAUUGGGGUUCCACCUGAUCCCUCGCGUGUCCUCCAUCGUGCCGGAGAGCUGUCUGCUGAUCGUGGUGGGCCUGCUUGUAGGCGGUCUCAUUAAGAUGGUAGGCGAGGACCCUCCGGUGCUGGAGUCCAAGAUCUUCUUCUUCUACCUGCUACCUCCCAUCAUCCUCGACGCCGGCUACUUCAUGCCCAUACGGCAAUUCACUGAGAACCUGGGCACUAUUCUCAUGUUCGCAGUGGUGGGAACGCUCUGGAAUUCCUUCUUUGUCGGUGGUCUGCUGUACGGGGUUUGCCAGCUCGAGGGCCAUAAGCUGGCGUAUGUGGACCUCCUGUCAUGCCUGCUGUUCGGCUCCAUCAUCUCAGCCGUAGACCCCGUGGCUGUUCUGGCUGUGUUCGAGGAGAUCCACAUUAACGAGCUGCUCCACAUCCUGGUGUUCGGAGAGUCGUUACUUAAUGAUGCCGUCACUGUGGUGCUGUAUCAUCUCUUUGAGGAGUACAGCAGUGUGGGCUCCAUCACUUUCAUGGAUGUGUUUCUGGGUAUCGUGUGUUUUCUGGUGGUGUCAUUGGGCGGUAUCGUGGUGGGCGCCAUCUACGGCAUCCUGGCGGCCUUCACGUCCCGCUUCACCUCGCACACGCGCGUCAUCGAGCCUCUGUUCGUCUUCGUCUACAGCUACAUGGCUUACCUGUCAGCGGAGGUGUUUCAUCUGUCCGGCAUCAUGGCACUAAUCGCAUGUGGUGCCGUCAUGCGUCCCUACGUGGAGGCCAACAUUUCCCAUAAAUCCCACACCACCAUCAAGUACUUCCUGAAGAUGUGGAGCAGCGUGAGCGACACCCUCAUCUUCAUCUUCCUGGGAGUGUCGACGGUGGCCGGGCCGCACCAAUGGAACUGGACCUUCGUGGUCGCGACCGUCAUUUUCUGCUUGGUGGCGCGUGUUCUGGGUGUUGUUGGCUUGACCUUCGUGAUCAACAAGUUCCGUAUCGUGAAGCUGACCUCUAAAGACCAGUUUAUCAUAGCUUACGGUGGACUGAGAGGAGCCAUCGCCUUCUCCCUGGUCUACCUGCUGAAUCCCAAACACUUCCCCAUGAGAAACAUGUUCCUCACCGCCAUCAUCACUGUCAUCUUCUUCACGGUGUUUGUGCAGGGCAUGACCAUUCGACCCCUGGUGGACCUCCUGGCGGUGAAGAAGAAACAGGAAACGAAGCGAUCUAUUAAUGAGGAGAUUCACACACAGUUUUUGGACCAUCUGCUAACCGGCAUCGAGGACAUCUGCGGACAUUACGGACAUCAUCACUGGAAGGACAAGCUGAACCGGUUCAAUAAGAAGUACGUGAAGAAGUGCCUGAUAGCGGGUGAGCGCUCCAAAGAACCACAGCUGAUCGCCUUCUACCACAAGAUGGAGAUGAAGCAGGCCAUCGAGCUGGUGGAGAGCGGCGGAGGAGCCAAGCUGCCCUCGGCCCUGCCGUCCACCGUCUCCAUGCAGAAUAUCCAGCCCAAGAAGCCCUCUCAGGACCGGGCGCUGCCGCAGCUCUCCAAGGCUCGUGAGGAAGAGAUCAGGAAGAUCCUGCGCACCAACCUGCAGAGGACCCGCCAGAGACUGCGCUCGUACAACAGACACACGCUGAUCGCUGAUCCGUACGAGGACGGCUGGAACGAGAUGCUCCUCAAACGGAAGAAAAUGAAGGAGCUGGAAAAGAAGAUAUCGCAGAUGAACAAUUACCUCACUGUUCCCGCUCCACCCCCUGAUUCCCCGACCAUCACUCGAGCUCGACUGGCUUCAGACCCUCAAGCAUGGGGCCUCAAGUCCGUCACAGAAAGCAUCCCCACCAUUAAAGUGGACCUCGCCUCACCGCAGAGCCCAGAGUCCGUCAACGUGGUGGACGAGUUCAGCAAGAAGGGAAGCCAGCCGAAGGAGGAGGAAGGCGGCCUGACCAUGAAAGUCCCCUCUCCUGCGAAGCAGAGGAAGGACAAAACUCCUGACGAAGAGCCGCAGCAACGGUUAAUGCGCUGUCUGAGUGACCCGGGCCCCGCCGCCGAAGAGGAAGACGAGGACGAGCCCUUCCUCCCCUGAGAGAGCAGCCGUCUGUCGUAAGGAGGAUGACGAGCUCCGGCCGCCUCCUCAAAGACGUCCUGUAUCGGCAGUCCUCAUGGAGGAUCGUUAACUGCUGAAACACGAGGACAGAUAUAUCAUCUGUAGCAAGCCAAAAUGAGAACGUCAGGAAAAUGAACCAAAAUAAAGGAAAUGAAAGGGAGCGAUCAAAAUAAGCCAUUUAUUUAUUUUUUUGCUUGUCAUUGUUCUUAUCAUGUGAAGCUUAAGAACUGUCCUCACCAGGCAUGAUGUGACUCAAAUCCUAAGCGAUGAGGGAUUGUCAUUGAGCACCAUUAGGUUUAUUAUUUGUGGUCACAUCAUGUCCGGUUCAGAAGCAAAUGUUCCCAUCCAUCGUUUGCUAUGGAAUAAUAAUAUUCCACAUGAGGGGAACCGAUCUAUGCAUAACCAAACGGUCGCACUGUUCAGUCUAUUCAGGUGAAACACUUCUGUUGUUGUUUUCAUAGCAUUGAUGCAUUUUCUAGUUCACGAUGCUUUUGUGUUCAUUCACAUGAAUUGCCUUUGUUUUUGUGACGCGUGCAUCACUAGUUGUGUUUUACCUCUAGGGGAAUUAGACUCAUUUAUCAGGAGCAAUAUGAAACUGGUUAAAUUAUGGCCAUUCUCAUAUUUAUUAUACAGAUGGUGCGUGUUUACACUGGCUUAUUAUUUCGUCCCACUCAUGGAGGACCAUUCAAAUCAUGCUCUAUUUGCAGUGCACAUAACAAACCUGAGAAACAGCUAUUUACUCAUUGUGAUUGCACAAGAGAUUUACACUUGUAAAGACUUUAUUUUACACCAAAAAGGUUGCUUGACCAGUUUGAUUGGUUGUGAUUGUGUUUCCUGUUUUCUUUGCUCGUACUUUAUAUCAAAGAAAAUUUUGGUCUAAUAGUCUUCAAUUACCUUUAAAUGCACUCAAGCGCUUUGGUGACCGGUCAUGACCACUCUGAAAAACAUCUGGACCGACGAAUCAAUAAACUUUGGUUUAAAGGGAUAGUUCAUGCAGAAAUUACAGAAUUCUGUCUUUUGUUUUACUCUCCUUCGUUUCAUUCCAAACCCAUAUGCUAUUUUUUUUUCCAAGGAAAGACAAAUGUUGUUCCAAUUAUAUUCCAAUUCUUCUGAAGUCAUACAAUUAUAGAAGCCCAU